CUGAAAAACGCGAUAGAUACAUACUGCUUAAAUAUUCAUUUUUGACGUAAUCCCUACAGCAGUGCAAGCCCAUGUACGUUUACACAGUGCACCAGCAGCAACAGACACAUUCCUGUAAGGUUUUUCUGCAUGAUUUUCUAUCAUAAAGAUCCUUGCAUAGACAUCCUAAAUUCAGCCAAAAAAACUAACACAAAAUAUCUAGAUGUGCAUGCAGCGUGUAUGUAGUGUCAUUGAACAGUUACAUAGGCCUGUCUGUCUCGGUCUUUGUUUACAACGGUCCUUGAACGUCAGUUCAGUGUCUUACAGAAGACGAAGCCAAGUACUACAGCUGGGGAAAUGAACUGUGCUAGCCGCGAAGCAAGUUAAGAACACGCUGUCACUGUAUAGGCCUAGAAGUUGCUUCGCUGCAGAUAUGGAACAGCGAGCAGUAAAGAAUGCGUACAAAGAUUAUGACGGGACCCCAUCUUGCACCCAGGCCUAUUUUGACCCACAGGGUAGGCUGACCCCUAACUUUGCUGGCCGGUUGAGCGGUAAGGUUGCUGAGCUGCUGGAGCAGAUGGAGCAUGGGCUGAAAUCAGCCGACUCCAGGGACUGCAGUGGCUACACAGGCUGGGCAGGGAUUGCGCUGCUUUACCUGCAUCUUUACAAUGUGUACAGAGACUCCUCCUACCUGCAGAGGGCGCUGGAGUUUGUCAACAGGAACCUGAGCUGUCUGACACGGCGUUGGGUGACCUUCCUGUGUGGGGAUGCAGGUCCGCUGGCUGUGGCUGCUGUGGUGUUCCACAAACUGCAAAGGGUCAAGGAAGCAGACGACUGUCUCGGACGUCUCCUGCGUCUGCACCGGUCCGUAGUGAAGCAGGAUUCCCAUGUACUGGAUGAGACCUUCAAAUACAUCAAACCUCCUGGAUUCGUGGUGAGCCAGGAUAAGCUUGUAGGACUGGUGAAGCCCAGUGUGGACUUCCUGUGCCAGCUCAAGUUUCCGUCUGGAAACUACCCACCUUGCAUCGGUGACACACAGGAUUUACUAGUGCACUGGUGCCACGGGGCGCCAGGAGUGGUCUACAUGCUCAUUCAGGCCUACAAGAUGUUUGGAGUUGACCAGUACUUGUCUGAUGCAGUGCAGUGCGGUGAGGUGAUUUGGCAGCGAGGACUGUUGAAGAAGGGGUAUGGGCUGUGCCACGGGGCAGGCGGCAAUGCCUAUGGCUUCCUGGCAUUGUACAAGCUCACCCAGGAUGCCAAGUACCUGUACAGGGCUUGUAAGUUUGCUGAAUGGUGUCUGGAUUAUGGAAAGCAUGGCUGCAGGACCCCCGACACUCCCUUCUCCCUGUUUGAAGGCAUGGCGGGGACAAUCUACUUUCUUGCUGAUCUGUUGCAGCCAAUGAAAUCCAAGUUCCCCGCGUUUGAACUGUGAAGAAAAACAAAAGCAGAAGGAUGCUGCCAUGUAUUCCACAUGUAUGCUCUGCUCUUUUUCCUUCAUUUUUGUUUUUUUUUCUUAAAAAGAAAUUCUAGCCCAGUAUCCGGGUAAAGUAUGACCCCUGCUGCCACUGAGUAUUAAAGAGGAUGCAGCCUGUUAAACAGCAUCAUUGGGUUAUGUGGGAUUCCCAGCUGCUGGUUUGCACAACAUUAUAAAAGCCUGACAUUUCUACAGCGUGGGCAGAAUGCAUUGCACCCCCUGUGCCUCAGUGUGUAUGCCCUCUAGUGGUAAGUCCUGGUAAACACCCUCUAAUCAUUAUCUUAGUGAUUCUCUUUCAAAGUCCUGCCCACCUCCUAUCAGUGGUCCUCAACUCCAGGUGAGGAUGGGGAGAGGGAUGCCCCAAUACCUUUCUUUCUAAGAACAUCAUUUGUUUUAACCUGAUUAAUGCAGAAUCUGUACAGUUUGAAAGGGGGUGGAAGCAAAAUGCUGAUUUAAAAUAUACUGUUACACCUUGAUUUAAACAACAAUCUGGAGCAUUUAUGGUUAACCAGGGACUGGAGUUGAAAAUCACUCCUGGGUAGCACUGUUCAGGGCUAGAAAUACAUGCGGGUCGGUAUUUGAGGUUAAAUGUAUGAAUCCACUAAUAAUAGUAAAUGAAAGAAUUUAACCUGAACUGUGCCCAGCGUUUGGUAUUUAACUUCAUUAAGGUCUCAUUGUCAUUGUUUUUGCUUUUAUGUUAGUUUAAAUGUAUUAGUUAGUACUUCAGUUGAAAAACAUCAGAACUAAACCAGCCUGGGCAGUGCUGAGGUUUAGUAUUGAAUGGGAUUUCUUUGAAUGAGAAAUACAAAGAUUCCAGGCUUGUUGCAUAGCCUUUUGUGUAUUUUAAAAACUGAAUUCCUUAUUAAUGAGAACAGGCGUUCAUUGCAGAAGCAGUUGCUUUGUGAAUGUGUCGUUUUUCAUUGCAGUAGAGUGAACUUACGCUUGGUUUAUUUACUUUUUUAAUCGCCUAAUGCAAGUUUAUAUUUAAUAUUAGUAGAAUUCAUAUUCCUGCUUUUCUGGGGGUAUGUUAAAUUCAUGAUGACAGGUGUCUAUUCAAUAGUACUUUAGAGCAUUCUCGGAAAAUGUUUUUUAGCCCUGGUUUCUGGUAGAAAUGGGAUUUCUAGGUGCAGUACCAGCUUUUGGCUAUUAGCAGAUCAAGGCUUACCGUUAGAAAAUCCUGCCAUCAACCAGUAUGUAAGCGUAACUUUCAUCAUUAAGGCUGUGUGUCAAACUAAAAGUAAUUUCACACUGAUAAACAAGUCUACGCAACUUGCAUUGUACUCUAGUAACAAGCUAGAUUGCGGCGUUAUUAAUGUGCUUUUUCAAGGCAAGGUCUGCAGCAUUGAUUUCUAAGAGUGGGGGGCGGGACAAUUGUUUGCUUGUAGUUGAAAAAUGAACUGUGCCUGUCCAGAUAAUGUGCUUGUGCUCUUCUUGUUGGUGUGUGCAUUGCUCAAGGGGGUAUCUCCUGGGGCAAGCAGCAAGCCUGCAGUGCCAGUGCUGUUUAUACUGUACGAGACUGCAGUGCCCGGUGGCACGCUAACCCUUCAUGUAUUUCCAGACAGUUGCGCUAUAAUAUUGAGUCUUGAAUGUUUAGCCGCCUUUUUUUUUUUUUUUUACCUGAGAUAAAUGUACAUUAACCCAUUGAGGAUGAUGUUCUCUCCCUGUGUUGUGUCUGUCUGUGCUCUUUUGAUUAUUACACUCAGCCCCUGUCAUUCAUAUUUAUCCCACAAGGAGGCAGUAGUGUUCUUGAGAGUUUUGUGACCGUGUACUGUACUGUUUGUGGUGGGAGAGCCCUGGUGUCAAGCAGUUUUGGAUUCCAUUUUAGUUUCGUGGGAGGCUGCAUUUAUUUUGCAGUUAAAUAUAACAAAUGGCAUAAACAGACCAUGUACCUACCUCACACUUUCUCUUAUAUCAGACACCAAGGCUCAUAAGAGUCAGAACUGCAAAUGCCCAGCAAAGCAAGCAAAGGUAGAAAUGUGUUAAAUACAGAUAAUGAAAAGUGUAUGCAGCAUAUGAAAAUUGCACUUUAAAAUUUGCAGCUUAAAUGUUAUGCAGGAGUGUUACAUAGGCUAGAAACAGAUUUAUAUUAGGGUCCAAAGACUCAAAAACCAAACAUACAGACCAAGUGAAAAGUGAAAGGAGCAAGCUAACAGAGGCCAUGUCUACCCUCUAACCCACCUGACAGGUCACACCAGAAUGGCAGGAGGCUACUGUACAGCACUGCCCCAGCCAGUGCGCUGGUCCUGCUCUCAGGACUCCACACUGGGGGCAGCAAGUGGGCAUUACUGAAGAGACAAAAGCAAUCCUGUGUUGUGACCAGCCUCUGAAUAGAUACUGCACUCAGAGAUCUGAAUAGAUACAGCACGCUGAGAUCUGAAUAGAUACAGCACUCUGAGAUCUGAAUAGAUACUGCACUCCGAGAUCUGAAUAGAUACAGCACUCUGAGAUCUGAAUAGAUACAGCACUCUGAGAGCUGCAUAGAUACAGCACUCAAAGAUCUGAAUAGAUACUGCACUCCGAGAUCUGAAUAGAUACUGCACUCCGAGAUCUGAAUAGAUACAGCACGCUGCGAUCUGAAUAGAUACAGCACGCUGAGAUCUGAAUAGAUACAGCACUCUGAGAUCUGAAUAGAUACUGCACUCCAAGAUCUGAAUAGAUACUGCACUCCAAGAUCUGAAUAGAUACAGCACUCCGAGAUCUGAAUAGAUACUGCACUCCGAGAUCUGAAUAGAUACAGCACUCCGAGAUCUGAAUAGAUACUGCACUCUGAGAGCUGCAUAGAUACAGCACUCCGAGAUCUGAAUAGAUACUGCACUCCGAGAUCUGAAUAGAUACAGCACUCCGAGAUCUGAAUAGAUACUGCACUCCGAGAUCUGAAUAGAUACUGCACUCCGAGAUCUGAAUAGAUACUGCACUCCGAGAUCUGAAUAGAUACUGCACUCCGAGAUCUGAAUAGAUACAGUACACUGCGAUCUGAAUAGAUACAGCACUCCGAGAUCUGAAUAGAUACUGCACUCCAAGAUCUGAAUAGAUACUGCACUCCGAGAGCUGCAUAAAUACAGCACGCUGAGAUCUGAAUAGAUACAGCACUCUGAGAGCUGCAUAGAUACUGCACUCCGAGAUCUGAAUAGAUACAGUACACUGCGAUCUGAAUAGAUACAGCACUCCGAGAUCUGAAUAGAUACAGUACACUGCGAUCUGAAUAGAUACAGCACUCCGAGAUCUGAAUAGAUACUGCACUCCAAGAUCUGAAUAGAUACUGCACUCCGAGAUCUGAAUAGAUACUGCACUCCGAGAUCUGAAUAGAUACUGCACUCCGAGAUCUGAAUAGAUACAGUACACUGCGAUCUGAAUAGAUACAGCACUCCGAGAUCUGAAUAGAUACUGCACUCCAAGAUCUGAAUAGAUACUGCACUCCGAGAGCUGCAUAAAUACAGCACUCAGAGAUCUGAAUAGAUACAGCAUUCAGAGAUCGCAAGGAAACGUUCACAUGUGAUAUUAUGACAAAAGGACAUUGUUCACGUUUUCUUUUUACUGGACAGU